CCCCCCCCCCCCCCCGCUGCAUCUUCUUCGGGUAGAUACCAUGAUUCAAAGCCUCGCAACGGCGGGUUCGGCAAGAACACUGGUACAAAAGCCGUACAAUUUCGGUAUCGGUGUGCACAAGACAAACAGAACAAAAGUACUCCACGCAAAAAUCCUGAUCCUUUAAAAUGGCACAACCGAAAACCCAUGACAUCCUUUGACUGUCAAAGUCACCUCCUCAUCACGCUUCAAGUAGUAAACAGCAUUCUCGCGGCUAGAAUUGAUAUUAAACAUAUGGAUAAUCAUGUCCCUUACCGUGCAACCAUGGCUCAUGCAUCCUUGGAUCAUCAUCAUAAGCGCGCCCGGUCUUCCUCUCCUGACUUGCCGACGCCAGUUAGUAAGCGGUCAAAAACAAGCACAUCAUCGAGUGCCUCUUCGCCCCGCAGCAAUGCCAGUGGUUUCGCUGACGAUAUGAUUCCGUAUGACCCUGACGAAGAAGAUCUCCUUAACAAGAAACACGAUGUACAGCAAUUCAUCUCCAACUUGACGCGCGUGGCUAGCAUUCUUGAACACCAAGCCGAAGUUCAAACUCCAGACUGGUUUCAUACUAUCACUUCGACACCUUUAUUCACUGAAGUGGGACCCAUCGUGGCUGAGUACCUUGCGGCCGUCGAAAAGGAAGGUCCUAGUGAUGUAUUACCUCCUACAUACAAUUUUGCGGCGUCAGAUUCCCUUGAGCUGCGACUUGCCCCGUGACACCUAUCAAGGAGGUCCAUCAUCUUAUGUGGUUGAUUUUACUGGAAGGGAUGCCUCUCCGGAGGGAAAUCGGUGCCAUGAUGCGUACCACACGAGCAGCAUGUUUGACAACGACUGCAGAACAGCGCCCGCCAUCUUCGAUGGAGGUUCUACCUGCGAUAUUCAUUUGCGAGCCAAC